AUGGUCCGAGAGACACGUUUGCCUUUGCCAGAGGUGUCUCGCUACAAUCGCAGAGCGUCUAACGAAGUCCACGACAUUAACGACCACUCAACGCUUACGACCUUUGCGCGGCAACGCCAGCAGCACUCUGUACCUCGUCCUCUUUCCUCCCAUUCAUUCGAUUUCCGUCCCCCAGCCGCAGACUUUCCUCGACCUUUGCGGAGAGUUCGUCGUGCCCCAGAGUCCCACCAACUACCUCACCGUCGAGCUGUCUCGCUAGAAGUCAGAGGUGGACAGCUUCCGCGACCCCAACCGUCGCAUUCGAUCCCGGUCCUUGUCAACCCCGAUCCUGGAAACGGAAUUGAGGUACUGCGUCCGGCCCUAUCAGAAGCGCAGACUGACGAUAACGGUUCGACUGUCGACGAUCCUUACCAGCUCCUCGAAAGCUCGUAUUGGCCUCGAAGAAACACCAGAGUAUCGUCUCGCACCGCAUCUGCCAUUCUCUUUGCGCUCGAAGAAGCCAUCCGUCGCCCGUUACCAUUCACAACAGAUUGGGACGAAGCGAAUGCUUCUAUGUCAGAUAUGGUAGGCGUUGCUGGUCCCGCUGGCCCUGCCGGCCCUGUCGGCAAUGGUCGCGCUCAGAAUGGUAAUCCGCGUGCGCCCCAAGGCUCAUCGCAACCGCCCAGUGGUGUGCGCACUCCCACAGAUAUAAUGAGACAGCGUCGGGACCGAGAGGCCCGUCGAAAAGCGGAACAGGAAGCUCGUGACAGAGAGCAGGAAGAUCUGGAGAGACAGCAGUUGGAGCAGGAGCAAGUACAGGCUCAGGCUCAACGGUAUGCUGCUGACGUUGCCGCGGAGCCCGUCCCCCAGCGCCGCGCGCGGCCUCAGCGGGCUCCACGGGGAGCUGAAGAACCACCCGAGGCUGUGAUGGCCACGGCAGGAGAGGCGCCGCCUUCUCUACAGCCCCGGGCUCCGCACCGGCUGUAUCAGGUGCCUCCAGGCGGUGGAAACAUGAGCCGGCAGCGGCCACCUCAAUCAUCAAGCCAGCAGAACCUGGGUGCUGCACCACAGCAUGCUCGCGCACAGAGCGCAGCAGCAGGAACUGGCGUCCCAACAGGGACGCCUGGUUUAAGCAAGCCCGCACAAGCUCCCCCAACCAGCCAGCCUGGUGGUUCUCAGACCCUGCAGCAGCCCAAACGAGCCGCCUUCCCGCAUGCAUUCGAACGCUGGGAAACCCUAUCUUCCCAUUGGGAAGGCCUUACUAGCUACUGGAUCCGGAAGCUCGAACAGCACAAUGACGACCUCGAAAAGGAUCCCCUCAGCCAGCAGCUGGCACGACAGAUCACUGACUUGUCAGCCGCCGGUGCAAACCUCUUCCACGCCGUGGUCGAAUUGCAGCGCCUUCGCGCAUCUUCUGAACGCAAGUUCCAGCGCUGGUUUUUCGACACCCGUGCUGAACAAGAACGAGCCAAAGAGGUGCAAGCAGAGCUGGAGCGUCAGCUCAAGAUCGAGCGCCAAGGCCGAGCCGAUGCAUUUGCAGCUGCACAGGCUGCUGAAAAGGACAAGACCCGUGCCGAAGACCUUUUACGCGAAAUGAACCGUGAGCUCAAAAUCUCCAAAGAGGAAGCUCGCCGCGCGUGGGAGGAACUUGGCCGCCGCGAACAAGAAGAGCGAGACCGGACCACCUCUCUUCGUAACGGAGAACCCACCCUCGUAGGAGGAGUUCAAGUUGUACCCAUGAUCCAAGGGGUCCCAAGCCGACACACCACCCGUCCACCGACCCGUGAAGGCCCAUAUCCUGGCGGCCCAACCGCUACGUCAAUGGGCACAGAGUUCCAGAACAAGACCGCCGAGGCAUCAUACUAUGACGAAGCCCCGCCCAUGUCCCCGACAGGUUCCGACCCCUUCAUUGAAAACCAAAAACACCAGCCAGGCGACCCCAGCAAACCGCCAUACCCUGUCCAGAUGUAUGAGCAUGAGCCUACAGUCUCAUACCCAGGCCCUCCGACCUCUGAGCCCGAUGCACACUCCUACGUUGGCAGCUCCGAGGCUGAAGAGGAACACAAUCGCUACCCCGGCGACUCCCAGAGUCAGCCCUUCUCCUACCCCCAGGGGCCUCCCUCAGAGGGUAGCGAAGAGUAUGACCAGUCCCCCGACGAGAGAUACUCCGUCGCGACAACCUCUGCGCCCAUGCCCCCAACAACCGCCGACUACAGUGGUUCCGGCUGGGGCGUUGGCACCGGUUGGGAAUCUGUCACUCCCCGACACCGCCAUCCCACCCGCCUAAGUGAUGUUCUUGAAGAGGACGAACGCAGCCGAACAAGUCCCAGCCGUGCUAGCCAGGCGAGUCGCAGUAUUCUGUGA